UCACAUAGAGAGGGAGAGACUGUCACAUAGAGAGGGAGAGACUGUCACAUAGAGAGGGAGAGACUGUCACAUAGAGAGGGAGAGACUGUCACAUAGAGAGACGGUCGGGGUGAUGUCACAGACUGUCUGCUAGGCCAGCCUGUGGUCCGGAUGGUGACGGAGGGCUCCUCGGGGGGCGUCCUCCUGCCCCCCGCCCAGAAGGCUCCUGUGACGGCGCUGUACCGCCGGCGCUGGCUGAUGGUGCUGCUCUUCGCGGCGUACUCGCUGUGUAACGCCUUCCAGUGGCUGCAGUACGGCAUCAUCAGUAACAUCUUCAUCCGCUACUACGGCGUGGGCAGCCUGGCGGUGGACUGGCUCUCCAUGUCCUACAUGCUGGCCUACAUCCCGCUCAUCUUCCCGGUGGCCUGGCUGCUGGACACUCGCGGCCUGCGGCUCAUCGCGCUCAUCGGCUCCGGACUCAACUGUCUAGGCGCCUGGGUGAAGACGGGCAGCGCCCGGCCCGACCUUUUCGCGGUCACUCUGCUCGGACAGCUGAUCUGUGCCACCGCGCAGGUCUUCAUCCUGGGAAUGCCGUCUCACAUCGCCUCCGUCUGGUUCAGCGCCAGCGAAGUCUCCACCGCCUGCUCCAUGGGCGUGUUCGGCAAUCAGCUUGGCGUGGCGGUGGGUUUCCUUUUACCUCCGGUCCUGGUUCCUAAUAUAGAAGACAAGCAGCAGCUCUCCUACCACAUCAGCAUCAUGUUCUACGGGACCGCCAUCGCCGCAACCCUGCUCUUCGCCCUGGUAAUAUUUGUCUUUCAGGACGCGCCCCCGUUGCCCCCUACGCUGGCUCAGGCGGUGCAGCACUCCUCGGCCGAUGGUCACUAUUCCUACAAACUUUCCAUCCUGCGGCUCCUGAAGAACAAGAACUUCAUCCUGUUGGUUGUAUCAUACGGUCUGAACACUGGAGUCUUCUACUCUCUGUCUACCCUACUGAACCGCAUGGUGACCGAGCAUUACCCGGGAGAAGAGGUGAACGCCGGGCGCAUUGGUCUGACCAUCACUGUGGCGGGAAUGUGUGGAGCGCUAGUCACUGGCUUCUGGCUGGACAGGACCAAGACCUACAAGCAGACCACUCUGGGCAUCUACAUCUUCUCACUGCUGGGGAUGCUGGUCUUCACAUUUACCUUGGAUCUUGGGUUCCUCUGGGUCGUCUUCAUUACAGCAGGGUGUCUGGGGUUUUUUAUGACUGGGUAUCUUCCUCUGGGCUUUGAAUUUGCUGCCGAAUUAACCUACCCAGAAUCAGAGGGAACAUCGUCUGGACUUCUGAAUGUGUCUGCUCAGGUGUUUGGACUCAUUUUCACCACUGCUCAGGGGCAGAUCCUGGAGAAGUUUGGGGUGAAGCCGGGUAACAUCUUCCUGUGCUGCUUCCUGCUGGUUGGUGCCAUCAUCACUGCCUUCAUCAAGUCAGACCUGCGCAGGCAGAGGGCAAAUCAGGAGCUGGCACAGGCGCCACUGGUGUCAUGCCAUAAUGUGGACGUCCUAUAUGGCUCUGUGGCUCGUCGGCCACAGGGGCCUGGACUGUGUCCCACAGACGCGCAGGAGUUCCCAGCUCCUCAACUAAACCAAGAAUAAAAGAUCGCCUAAGAACCAAAGAGCGGCCGCCGGACAAUCACCCACCGGAAUCGCUUCCCUUUUAUUUAAAACAAUAAACGUUGUGGAAGAAA